AUGACCGCAGAUAAGCAUGGUUUUCAAUUAACCCAACUCACAUGUGAGAAGCUCGAUCGUGUGAAGCGUGAUGCACGAUACAAAAAGCUUGAAGACAAGGACGUAGCCUACUUUAAAAGCGUUUUACCCGAAAAGUGCGUUUUAGAGCGUGAUGCUAUUACACAUGAACAGCAUACAAAAUACACCUGUGAUUGGUACAACAUGUUUCGAGCCAACACGUCCCUUAUCUUGCUCCCUGAGACCACUGAUCAAGUCUCCAAGAUUCUCAAGUAUUGCAAUGACGAAUGCAUUGCUGUGGUGCCGCAAGGUGGCAAUACUGGUGCAUCAGGAGGAUCGAUCCCCGUCUUUGAUGAAAUCAUUGUGAGUACCGAGAACAUGAAAACCAUCCGCAAGUUUGAUGAGCUACGAGGUGAUUUGGUGUGCGACGCUGGAUGCGUGUUACAAGAUCUUGACGCAUUCCUCGGACGUGCUGGGUUUCAGAUACCUUUGGAUUUACCAGCAAGACAUGCUUGUCAAAUUGGUGGCAACAUUUCUACGAAUGCCGGAGGCAUCCGACAAAUGCGUUUUGGAAACCUCCAUGGUAGCGUUAUGGGCCUUGAAGUGGUUUUGCCGGAUGGGUCCAUUAUUGAUAAUUUGAGCACCAUGCGAAAGGAUAAUACCGGAUACCAUUUGAAGAAUCUUUUUAUUGGAUCAGAAGGCACAUUGGGUAUCGUCACCGGGGUGAGCAUUGCUACUGCUCAAAUCCGUGAGGCGGUGAAUGUUUUCAUUAUUGCCCUUCGUUCAUUCGAAGAUGUUGUCAAAGCGUAUACCUUGGCACGUCGUGAAUUGCCUGAAACUAUUAGCGCAUUUGAAGUACUUGACAAAUCCACUGUUGAGGUGGUAAAAGAAAAAGACUUUCAAGUACCCAAAGGAUCGGCUUUCCCUAUCAGUGAUGAGCAUCCAUUUUUCGUCGUCAUGGAAACGGCAGGCAAGGAUCGUGAAAUUGAGGACCUGAGGGCCGACAGGUUCUUGAAAAACAUGCUUGCUCAGGAUGUUAUUUUGGAAGGCGCAGUUGCCAGGACACCGGAUGAGAUUGAGAGUUUUUGGUCAUGGCGAUCAAAUACACCAAAGGCCAUUGUGCAAUGUGGACCAAGUUCUAUUCAUUUUGACAUAUCACUUGAGAUGCCAUUGUUAUAUGAUUUGGUGACAGCAACACGCGAAUGGGCUACCAAGGAAGGUCUCAUAGGAACGGACAUCUACGCCGUAUAUGGAUAUGGUCAUGUUGGUGAUGGCAACAUGCAUUUGACAAUCCCUGCAUUGAGAGAUGAUGAAGCAGUGCGAGAGAAGAUUGAUGAUUUUGUGUAUGAGUGGACUUCUAAGCAUUAUGGUAGCUGCAGUGCAGAACAUGGAUUGGGGUUGAUGAAGGCUCCGUAUCUUGCAUUUACCAAAUCUGAAAACAUCAUUAACCGCAUGAGGGAUAUCAAGAAGCUCUUCGAUCCAAAUGGCAUCAUGAAUCCUUACAAGGUAUUCCCUACAAAGGAACAACAAGCCCAUGGUGAAAGUAUACGUCGUCUUGCACAACCUGGUUGUUAG